AUGGACGGACUGCGCGGCGACAGCACCGGCGGUGGCGGCGGCGGCGGUGCCCCCGGGCAGUGCCGUAAUUUUCUCUCCUCGCCCGUUUUCGGGGCGGCGCACACGGGCCGAGCGGCCGCCGCCGCCGCUGCCGCCGCCGCCGCCUCGGGGUUCGCCUACGCCGGCGGAGGGGAGCGCUCGGGGGCGGCGGCGAGGCCCGACCCCCCGGCCAAGGACUGUCCGGGCUCCGCCGCUCCGGCCGCCGCCCCCGCGCUCGGCUAUGGGUAUCACUUUGGCAAUGGAUACUAUAGCUGCAGGAUGUCCCACGGGGUUGGGAUCCAGCAAAACGCCCUGAAGUCUCCCCCCCAUGCCUCCAUUGGCGGCUUUCCCGUGGAAAAGUACAUGGACGUCUCCAGUCUGACCAGCACGAGUGUCCCCGCCAAUGAAGUCUCCUCCAGGGCGAAGGAAGUGUCCUUCUACCAGGGCUAUACAACCCCCUACCAGCACGUUCCUGGGUACAUAGACAUGGUCUCAACGUUUGGCUCUGGGGAACCGAGACAUGAAACAUACAUAUCAAUGGAGGGCUAUCAGUCUUGGACUCUGGCUAAUGGCUGGAAUAGUCAGGUUUACUGUGCCAAAGAUCAGACACAGAGCUCACACUUUUGGAAAUCGUCCUUUCCAGGGGACGUUGCACUAAACCAGCCCGAUAUGUGUGUCUACCGGCGUGGGAGAAAGAAGCGAGUGCCGUACACAAAACUGCAGCUUAAAGAACUCGAGAAUGAAUAUGCCAUUAACAAGUUCAUUAACAAGGACAAGAGGCGAAGGAUAUCCGCAGCCACAAACCUGUCUGAGAGACAAGUUACCAUUUGGUUUCAGAACAGGAGGGUGAAGGAUAAGAAAAUAGUCUCCAAACUGAAAGACAACGUAUCUUGA